AAAUGAAAUAAAAAAAAAAAUCAGACGGCCAGAAUCGACAAAGUCGUACCGGUGUUAUUAUCGCGAGUGAAAAUUUGACUCGGGUCUCGGUUAUCAGUUGAAAAUAUGUCUGAGGAAAAGGAAAAGAAUGGAAUGCCGCCACCAUAUGUGGUGUUUCCUGACAAUGUGGUGAAAACUCAACCUGUGGCACCGAUUGGACCUCGUAUGUUAGUGAACCCACGUGACGUACCAAAUGACUACCUUUGUUUGGCGCUCUUCACCACCAUCUGUUGUUUCUGGCCGAUCAGCCUGUUUGCUGUCAUCAAAUCACGCAAUGUACAUCGUGCUAUGUGGCAGGGUGACGCCUUCACCGCCCAUCGAUCAUCUAUAUGGGCCAGACGUCUGUCCAUAAUCUCCUUGGUGAUUGGCCUGUUGGUUAUCGCCGCAUUCAUCACUUGCAAGGUCAUGAUGGUAUAUUAUGGCGAUGAUGGCUAUGAUGGCGACCGAGACCACCAUCAUGGCGGCCAUCACUAGAAGAGUGACGUAUCGCCUUCCCGUGACUAACCCCGCGGAAUGCGGAAUAAUGAACAGAUUGGAUUAUCCAGUACUACCCUAGUGUGGCCUUGCUGCGUGACUAAUUACCAUUUUCGCUUGCUCAAUGUGCUCUAUGCAAAAAUGGCUGUUGGACAUCCGGGUCAUUAGUAAAAUUUUACAAACAUGUGUGCGAGGCACCUACUAAGGGGUCUAUAAAUUAUGUUUCAAAACGAGCAAGGGGUGCAUUUUUUUUUAUAUUUCCAGGAUUCAAUUAAAUGUGCUGUAUUUUUGCUGUGUUGGUAUAAUGUGUAAUAUGUGUCAAUGAUAUUGUCUAUAUCAUGAUUUCGACCAAGGGUUGAUUUUUUGGAAAAUUUGUUUCAAUGGGUAGGUUUUUGAGGAAAGUUCGGACGUUAUUCUCACCAAAGAUUGGUGCUUCGCAUACUUGUAUAUAAAUAAUAAAUGAUACCCUCUGAUCGGGCUCCUUAGGCUUGUAGUCAAAACCAGUUCAAUCUAGCAUAAUGAAUAACUGUACAUUAAUGCUAGCAUACACCAUACCCGUUGACUUAUAAUUGGCAUAAUACUAUACAUAAUAUACAGCUUUUAAUCCUCUCCUUUCCCAUCAAUACCGAGUGACGUCACACAGGGAAGACGAUAUCGUAUCGGCGUUGGCAUACAUUUACACUAUUAGUUACUUUCGUUCUGCAUAUAACCUUAGUGAUAUUUACGCAGACUACUAAACGGCGUCGGAAUAUUUACGGAAAAGGUAUAAUAACAAAGUAUAUUGUGAGGUUUUUUGUUUGUUUGUUUUUAGCAAAUCUCGCUAAUUAAUAUAAGCUUCGCUUUAUGUAUACAUAUAUACUGUAUAAUGCAUUCAAUAUCAUCAAGAUAGCAUGUGUAGGUAUUAAUUUGCAUUAUUAAUAAACACUCAAUAAAUUAUCUGCA